AUGUCAUCAUCAUCGUCAGCGUCGUCCUUAUGUGAAGAUAUUCUCAUGGAGAUUUUGUUACGACUUCCCGUUAAAGUUCUUGGACAAUCACUUCCCCUUAACCAGCACCUUCACUCUGGUGACGAUGAUGACUCAAAAGUUACAUUUGAUGAAUUGGUGAUUGUUUCACUUCACAUGGGGAGUGAGAGAUACACAAACUUGUUGCUGCCUCUUGUUCUUGAUGGAGUCCUCCACACUGAUGUUUUCACCUCCCGAGGAUACAGCUUGAAUGAAGUUCCAAGAAUUGGGGUUUUGAAUGAUUGUUUGAGUCUUUUUCUUCGCGAUACCAUGACAAAUCAUUUUUCCAUUUGGCAGAUGAAGAAGUUUGGGAAUCGUAACUCUUGGAUUCGAUUGCUCCACAUUGCCAUGCAUGAUAUUGAUCAUAUGCCACAACCCUUGUGCAUGUUCAAUGAUCAUGUUAUCAUGAUUGCAUAUCGUGGUGACUUGAUAGAAAUUUAUUAUGAUGAAAAAGAUAAUCUUGUCAAAUGCAUUGAACUUUCCAACCACAUAGUUUGGGUUCAUGACAAGAAUUUCGUUCAAAGCUUAGUCUCACCUACAAGAUACUAG